GCCGCACAUGGCCAGGCUCCUGUCGGACGCGAAAUAAAUAAGUAUAGAUCACGCGACCUAUCGACACCCGCCGCCAUUUAUAUAAAUGUUCGUCCUCCGGCGCGUUCAGCCCGAGCGGUUACGCCUAUCCCGAGCUAUGAGCCAUACAAAACAAAAACCGCUCCUUAUGGACAAAAUAGUGGGGUAUUUCAUUGGAUUUUCAUGUCUGCUGCUCGCGGUAGACGUCGCGCACAACAGCUACCCCGCUGCGCUGCUUUGUGUGUCAUCUGCGAUCGUCGCCGCGAUGGCGGUGCCGGUCUCGCGACGCCGCCGACCUCGACGCCGGUCAACCGUAACGUGGCCCAGACCGACGAAUGAGGCGAACAACGCCGUUGAGCAACAGAAUUUCUACGCCGGCGGCUGAAGAAGGCGCGCUCGUCGCGCGCGGUCGCAUCACCGCACGCCUCUGAGCGACCCCGCAUCAUCAUGUAUUAGUAUCAUAAGCCUGAUUAGCAUUA